UGUUUGGAAUUUUGGGGAUCUGCCCCAAAAAAAUCUGGCAACCGCGUUACUUAUUAACUUGUUGAGGUUUUGCUUUUAUCAUUUGAAAUUAUUAAGGAAAAGAGUUUCUAAAGGGAUUUUUUACAAUACAAGUGUUAUUUAAGAAGUGUGUUAAUAGUUAAUUUAUUAAAAUAAUGCGCAAAGUGUUGGUUACCGGUGGCACUGGUCUAGUGGGCAAGGCUUUACAGCAAAUCACCUCGGAAGAGGAUGUGGAAAGUUGGUAUUUUGCUGGAUCUAAGGAUGGUGAUUUAAAAGAUUUAAAUGCCACUAAGGCUUUGUUUGAGAAGGUGCAACCAACGCAUGUCAUACAUCUUGCGGCCAUGGUUGGUGGCUUAUUUCACAAUAUGAAUAAUAAUUUGGAUUUUUUGCGUAUAAAUCUCCAAAUCAAUGACAAUGUUCUGCAAACGGCACAUGAGCAUGGUUGUCUGAAGGUUAUUUCAUGCUUAAGCACCUGUAUUUUUCCCGAUAAAACCACAUACCCAAUUGACGAGACCAUGGUACACAAUGGACCACCACAUACUUCCAAUUAUGGUUAUUCCUAUGCCAAGCGUUUAAUCGAUGUGCAAAAUCACGCUUAUCAUGAUAAAUAUGGCUGCAUGUUUACUUCCAUCAUUCCAUGCAAUAUAUUUGGUCCCAAUGAUAAUUAUAAGCACGACGUUAGCCAUGUUAUACCAGGCAUGAUUUAUAGAAUGCAUAAAUUGCUCAAUGAAAAUCCCCAAGUAGCACAAGAGGACAAGGUAUUCACUGUCUAUGGUUCAGGAAAGCCAUUGCGUCAAUUUAUCUAUAGCCUUGAUCUAGCUAAGCUUAUAGUAUGGGUAUUGAGAAAUUAUGAAAGUGUUGAGCCCAUUAUUUUAAGUGUAGAUGAGGAGCAAGAAGUCUCAAUAUUCCAGGUUGCUCAGGCGAUAGCACAGGCCUUUAAUUUUAGGGGAAAAAUUGAAUGUGAUACCAGCAAAGCUGAUGGACAAUACAAGAAAACCGCCUCAAAUAAGAAGCUACGCUCAUUUUUACCCAAUUUUCAGUUUACAGAUUUUGAUAAGGCCAUCAAAGUUUCAGUGGAUUGGUAUAUACAGCAUUAUGAUGAGGCAAGAAAAUGAAAAGUACUUAGUAAACUUUUGAGGUUCCUUUUCCGGAAUCGCUUUAUAGUGAGCCCGUGGUUUGAGAUUAGUAUAACUCUUAAACCGCGUUUACACUGCUCUUUAAAUCCGGAUUUAUUGGCUCGAACAUCUGUUUUCCCUCUAUAAAAUCAGCUGACGAGAGCCUUAAAUCAGGAUUUAAUGAGGAGUGUAUACGGGGUUUUACAGCUUUACUCGCAAUAAUUUAUAGAAAUCUAUAAAAUCUACAAUUCAAUAAAGUUUUUCUAACACAAAAUUUAAAUAUGAACACAAAAAACACUUAGGUUCAUAUAUAUUCUAUUGUUAUGUAAAAAUAAAACAUUUUUUAUAAAAUAA